AUGCGUCCACCUUAUUAUGGACCAAGACCUGUAGCACCUACAGCUUAUCCAAGAGCUCCUUUACCCCCACCACCAGGACGUGGUGGUAGUGCCGGUGGUGCCGGCGGCGCUGGUGCACUAGGAGGAAUUUUAGGUGGUUUGGGUGGUGCAGUAACAUGUCUAUGCUGUUUAUCAGCUUUGGGUUUAAUCGGACUUUGGGCUACAUUUAUUCCAUUUGUUGCUUACUUCAAAUAUGCAUAUGAUCAAUGGACUCGUACAUAUGGCGUUAGCUCAGCAAAUAAUUUAGGAAUUCAACAAGUUGUACUUUUAAUUAGUUUAUGUUUUGUAGCAACAACAUUUCUAAAAAGAAGAAUAAUUACAUGA